AUAAGAGCCAGGCGGUCCUCGCUAGCCUGCGCCCGACUUUUCAUAGGCUGGAAAAGGAAAGGUUGAGAAACUUGACAUUGUCUUGGGUAGAGAGCGUAAAGAAGCAGAUCAAAGAAUAAAAAGGGAGGGGGACGAAAAACGUGCUCUUUGCUGCCUGUGGAUUCCACCGAGUUGCUUUUGUCUUGUGGGCUUUUCUGCCGGCUUUGGUGUCUGCGCUUGGAAGCCUGCGGGUGCGCUUCCGAGCAGCUUGCUCCCUGCCGGAUGGGUCAUGGAAUUCUAAACAUGAGGCAGAUAGCUGAUCAGCUUCCUUGGAUUUUGCUGAUGACCCCGGAGAGUUUUGCCUGAAGAUGGAAACACUGGAGUCGGAGCUGACCUGUCCUAUUUGUCUGGAGCUUUUUGAGGACCCUCUCCUGCUUCCCUGCGCACAUAGCCUCUGCUUCAACUGUGCCCAUCGAAUCCUGGUCUCUCACUGUGCCACCAACGAGCCUGUGGAGUCCAUCAACGCCUUCCAGUGCCCCACCUGCCGGCAUGUCAUCACGCUCAGCCAGCGAGGUCUAGACGGGCUCAAGCGCAACGUCACCCUACAAAACAUCAUUGACAGAUUUCAGAAAGCAUCUGUGAGCGGGCCCAAUUCUCCCAGUGAGACCCGCAGGGAACGGGCCUUUGACGCCAACACCAUGUCCUCUGCCGAGAAGGUUCUCUGCCAGUUCUGUGACCAGGAUCCUGCCCAAGAUGCUGUGAAGACUUGUGUUACUUGUGAAGUGUCCUACUGUGAUGAGUGCCUGAAAGCCACUCAUCCGAACAAGAAGCCCUUUACAGGCCAUCGUCUGAUUGAGCCAAUCCCGGACUCGCACAUCCGGGGGCUGAUGUGCCUGGAGCACGAGGAUGAGAAGGUGAAUAUGUACUGUGUGACCGAUGACCAGUUAAUCUGUGCCUUGUGUAAACUGGUUGGGCGGCACCGCGAUCAUCAGGUGGCAGCUUUGAGUGAGCGCUAUGACAAAUUGAAGCAAAACUUGGAGAGUAAUCUCACCAAUCUUAUUAAGAGAAACACAGAACUGGAGACUCUUUUGGCUAAACUCAUCCAAACUUGUCAACAUGUUGAAGUCAAUGCAUCCCGUCAAGAAGCCAAACUGACAGAAGAAUGUGAUCUUCUCAUUGAAAUUAUUCAGCAAAGAAGACAAAUUAUUGGAACAAAGAUUAAAGAAGGCAAGGUGAUAAGGCUCCGCAAAUUAGCUCAGCAGAUUGCAAACUGUAAACAGUGCAUUGAAAGGUCUGCAUCACUCAUCGCCCAAGCAGAACACUCGCUAAAGGAAAAUGACCAUGCCCGUUUUCUACAGACAGCAAAGAAUAUCACUGAGAGAGUCUCCAUGGCAACUGCAUCCUCCCAGGUCCUAAUUCCUGAAAUCAACCUCAAUGACACAUUUGACACUUUUGCCUUGGAUUUUUCCCGGGAGAAGAAAUUGCUAGAAUGUCUGGAUUACCUAACAGCUCCCAACCCUCCCACAAUUAGAGAAGAGCUCUGCACGGCUUCCUAUGACACCAUCACUGUCCACUGGACUUCAGAUGAUGAGUUCAGCGUGGUCUCCUAUGAACUCCAGUACACCAUAUUCACUGGACAAGCCAAUGUUGUUAGUCUAUGUAACUCGGCGGAUAGCUGGAUGAUUGUGCCCAACAUCAAGCAGAACCACUACACUGUGCAUGGCCUACAAAGUGGCACCAAGUAUAUCUUCAUGGUCAAGGCCAUCAACCAGGCAGGCAGCCGUAGCAGCGAGCCUGGGAAGCUGAAGACAAACAGUAAGUGCUAUGAACUCAGCUAAGCUGCCAUCUUACAUUUGCUUGCCUUUGGGGCUAACGUUACUCCCACCUUUCUUUUAUGUUUUCUGUCUUGGGCCUCACUGACAGCCUCACAAAAGUAAAUAAAGAACCAAUGGGAAACGCUGAGGUUCCCAGCAACUACAUCUAAGUUCUAAAUUUGAUUCUGUCUUCUAGGCUGAGUGUCCAAGGACUUCUC